CCGAUCUCAAACUGACCAACAGUCCUCUGUGUCUCUGAAGGAAACUGCUGUUGAUUCUUUCAGAAACACAGCAGUUGGACUGAGGUCACUCAUUUAAUUCAAUCAACUUUCUGAUUAGAAGUUGAAGACGACGACCACCAUGUUGUUGGCACAAGCUGGAUGUGUUUUCAUGGGCUUCAUCCUGUACAUUUCAGGGGUUCAGGGACAAACAAGCAGCAUCUGUGCAUUAAAAGGUUCAUCAGUGGAUCUGACCUGCUCACCUCAACAUCCCACUUCACCCAUGAAAUGGUACACUGUACACUGGAAUGGAUCUGCAUAUGUUCAGAAUGAACUUGCUGCAGAUGGAAAUCGUGUAACGUACAACAUGUCUGAAGAGAAUCACCCAACUCUAACAAUCAAAGAUGUUAGAGAAAGUGAUCAAAACAGUUAUUGCUGCAGGAAGAAAACUGACCAGCCACACUCCUGCUGGUACAAUCGGAUUCAGCUUCGUGUUACAGAGCUGCAGGUGAAGGUGAUUCCCACCACAGAGGGACACACAGUAACACUGAUGUGUAGCACCAGCUGUCCUCUGACUGGAAACCCUGCAGCCUACAUGUGGUACAAGAACAGAGAGUUUCUCUAUCAGGACUGGUCUCCCUGGUACCAACAGCUGGUCAGCAGUGAGGAAGCAGUCAGAUACUCCUGUGCUAUCAAAGGCUACGAGGAUCUCAGAGCCCCUGAAGUCUCAGUGGAUUCUGUCACAUCAAGCUGCUUUAAGGUGACCUAUGCUGGAGGCACAAUGUGUUCUUCUCAGCGGACAUCAGUGGAUGAGCCCUGCUCCAUCACAUAUCCAACAGGUUACGUUUCUCAAACAUCCACCAAACACACACACGCACACACACAUCUUCACAACACUAAUCCAUUUCAAGCCAUUUAAUAAUUUCUGUCAUCAGUUUUUACAUUUAUGUAACAGACAUACAUGUUCAGAGGAGUCCUGCAGCCAUAUCAGACCACGUCAGACUGACCUGUAACACCAGCUGUCCUCUCACUGCCUUCAUAUGGUAUAAGAACAGACUCUUACAAAGACACUCUGAGAAAUCCCAAAUUUUGGUUCCCAACUACUCUGCUGACAGCUUCUCCUGUGCUGUGAAAGGCCACGAAGAUCUGAUCUCCACUGCAGUCUGUGUUGUGGACAACAACUGCUGGACUGUGAAUUAUGUGAGCAGGAGAAUCUGCGCUCUGAGAGGCUCUUCAGUCAACAUUUCAAGUACCUAAAUAUUCUCAUCCCAACUACCGGUACCUGCAACCUGAGUCUAAAUUCUGGUAUAAAAUAAAGAGAAGUGGGACAGAAGGAGAUGAAGAGCAGAUGAAGGCUGCAGGUCGAGUGAGUUACCACGACAACAUGAAGAACCUCCACAUCCUGACAAUCACUAACCUGACUGAGAAUGACUCAGCAGAAUACACAUUCAGACUCCAGAAAGAUGAGAGCCGAUGGACACAGUCUGAUUUUCCAGUGACUUUGGUUGUCACAGGUGUGAAAGUGGACUUCAGUCCUUCUGCAGUGGUGACAGAAGGUCAGAGAGUCACACUGACCUGCAGUACCAGCUGUCCUCUGACUGACGACACAAACUACAUCUGGUACCUGAACAGUCGACCUCUGACCCUGCCACAGAACCAAAGCAAACACCUGCUUCUAGACCCAGUCAGCAGGCAGCAUGCAGGAAACUACUCCUGUGCUGUCAAAACCCUCCAGAUCAUCAGCUCUCAUGAAAACACUCUCACUGUCCAAAGUGUAGCAGGAAACUGGACAGCAGCAGCAGCUGCAGCAGCUGCAGGAGUCGGUGCUGCUCUCCUGGUUUUAACAACCUCUGCUGUUUUCCGGUGGAUUAGAAGAGAGAAGACGUCCAGCCAGUCCCCAAGAAGUGAAGCCUCAGAGCAGCCAAACCCUGAUGCCACGUAUGAAAACAUGUCAGCUCCAUCAGCACAGCAGGAUGACCAUCACUACUGCAGACUCCACUUCUCUGAGAACCACACAGAUGAUCUCUACUCCACCAUCCAGCCAAAGCCUUCUGACUAAACAAGUCAGCCUCCCCUCGUAGUGUCAAUAACUGGAAUAACUUCAGUAUCACAGCAGGCACAGACAAGCAGAAAUCUGAGUGCAGACAUAAAGAUGAGCACAUAUUUUACUGCUGAACUCAGUGGGAAACUUUUCUCUUUGGUUGCUUUCCACACGUCUGGCUGAGGACUCAUGGGGGUCAAACAGUUCUGUUCCCAGCCUUACCCGACUCUCUGGGAGAACACGAGGCUGCUCCUUCUUGCUUUCUUAUCCCCUGAAACCAACUUCUGUGCAGCCUGCAGUGAAGAAACUCACAGAGAGCCACCAAGAGGAAGACUCACGUCAUCUUUCAGAGCAAUUGAGCUCAUUUCCUUUGACAGUGAACUUAAAUGGGCCCAUAGUAUUUAUAGCCCACAUAACCUUCUGAUUUUUUUGCCCAGUAGCCACAGACUUCUGCCUUGGUGGUCUGUGUUUCCACUGGAACAGUCAAGAAGACUGCUUUUUGUCUGACAUUUCUGAUUGUGUGCUGUUUGUGAUCAGUAAUGAGACCUAAUUAAAGUUUGAAUGUGAAAACA